AUGAAGACGAGUGCAGGCGACGGCAAUGGCGAUGGUCAAAACGAAGCUGCCACUCGCAAUGGCGACUGGCGGAUAGAGGAUGAAGGCUACCUCCACCUCCUCGACCAUCAUCAACAACAACAGCAACUUCAGCGGCAACAGCAACACAAACAGCCCAGGCGGCUCUCAAGUCGUGCCACAGCAGAAGCCAUGGGCGAUAGUUCCCGUGAACCAAACAUUUUGAGCCUAAACUGCUUUUGUUUGUACAAUAUAUUUCGUAGGAUUAAAAUAAACUGCGAGAAUGCCCAUAACGCCAAGGAUACCGUGGGGCAGUACCUGGAUCUCAUGAACUUUGCCAUCAGCUGCGAAACCUUGACCAAAGUAUUCAGGGAAUGGGACCCCGAACUGUACGAAGAGCUGAGGCUAACGCUGGACUUCUCGAAUAGAGCCCCACUGAUAAAUGUGAACCUAUCGAGUCUAUAUAAGUUCAUGCAAAAGCAGUCCCCGAGGGAACAGAAAUUAUUCUGGUCUGCCUACCUAAAUGCCAUCAGGGAGAACGACGAGUUGGAAGCGGUGAAAGUGACUUACAAGCCAUCGCAGUACUAUCCGCAACACUUGGACAGAUUCGAGGCUCUUCUGGAUGCCCUGAAGGAGAAAAAGACUCUGCGGAAGCUUGACAUUACCAUGAGAGGCUACAGUUUUGAAUAUGUGGAAAUCAAAGGUCUGAAGACCCUGCAACUGGACGCCCGAAUGGAUGUGAAUGACCUGAUCCAGUUGUGUCAAGGAAGUCCUAACUUACGCCGACUUAAAUUAACCAGUGCCGAAAUAUCUGGCAGAUUGUCUGACAUCGUUCCGUAUUGCAAUCACCUGGAAUACCUGACAAUUUCGAUGAAGGAGGACCUAGAUGCCGCAGAGUAUGCACCCCUUGCCCAGCUGCCAAAACUGAAGGACUUAACUCUCUUAGGGGAACCCAUUGAGGGUUCCCUACUGAAGCUUUUCCGAGGUCUGAAAGAAACCUCAAUCCAGCAGAUAAGCAUUCCGAAUGUAUAUAUCACCAUGGAAGAGCAAUAUGCGCUGUCAGAGAUUUUAUCAUUGACUUCACUCAAAUGCUGCCCCAAAGAUACUUAUAUACUUCAAGGCCUUUUUUAUGAGCCCAAAAAUUUGAAGAAAACUUACUUAUCGUUUCCACUAAACCGAACCACUCAGAUGGACUUGGAAACGGUAGUAUAUCGCAUGCGUGCUGUUGUCAGAAGUAGGAAAAUCGAUUCACCUGAGACUGCAAGAGAAAUUGCUAGAUUGUCACCUGGAAAUGAUGAACUAGAUUGGGGUAUCCUCGCACAUGCUCUUCAAUAUUACGUAGAGGCUUGGAUUACGAUGGAUGAGAUAGGCCUAUUGGCUGAAAAUUAUUCCAAAUCGGGUCUUCUGGAAGUUUCGAAACUAGAACUUUCAAAAGAUAUGCCAAUUACCCAAAACGUAAUCGACACUUUGGGUGCCUUUCCCUCCAUUACCUACAUCCGAUGCUACUUGCAUCAAUUGGAGCAGAUAAUUGCAGUGAAACUACAGCAUCUCAAUAGCAGAGAAUGGGUUUUCAGGCGAAUGGAUCGCAUCCGAACCGAACACUGCGAAGUUCGUGUGCUAAAUCUCGAAGUGCCCGAAAUAUGGACUGUCGUUCUGGACUUUUUCGAAAAGGAUGUCUCUAUCGAUGCGAGAAUUUUUACACCUUUGGUUAAUUUAAGAAACCUAACGAGUCUUAUAAUCGGGAACUCCUCCGGUAACGGAUCCCUAAAGGCGCUUUUUAAAAGCUUUGCCUCGAUGGAAACACACAUUCUGGAAUAUUUACGAGUGCCAUUCCUUGGCCCAGAAGAAGUCGCAGAGGUGGCGAAAAUUCGUAGCCUUAAAGAGCUCGAGUGCGGUUUCUUUUGUUCCAGAUUCAUUGACCAUCUGGCCACAAUGAAUCAGCUUCAGCUGCUCAACAUUAACGUUCAUCCAAUGGGACGGUUGAGGGAUCUGUUCAAAGCCUUGGCCUCUAAACAGGAUCAAACACUAACAUGUCUCAUUGUGGAGAGAACAGUACUCACUUUCGAAGAGGUUAUCGAGGUUGCGAGAAUUGAGUCCUUGUCGGGCUUACAACUGGGGUUACCUGAUAGACAGAACUGGCAACACUCACCGAGCCAUAGAGCAGGAAACCAAUACGUUCGCUAUUGUCAAAAGUGCCAGUUGCCGCCGAGGGGCUCAGAUGUUUUUCAGCACCGCAUCUACACUAAAGCCCUGCCAUUUAUUUCCCAAGAAGUUGGCUUAGACACCCAGGUUAGAUUUCUAACCGAGUUGUACGAGACUUCAACACCCUUAAACCUCAACCUAUUGACCAAGCUUCCAAGAUUGCGGUGGUUGGAUAUACACCUCUUAUACUCAAUUCCAGCUGUGGAGAAUCUAUGCAGGACUCUGGCCUUAGAAGCCCCCCAAAGAACACGCAAAAUAACAUUUCCCUCUCAGGACUUUAAGCUUAUGUCUCAAUUCGAAGAACUGCAAUAUCUGGAUUGCUUUGUCUACCAUAUGCAAGACAUUGAGAGUGUUGGUCUCCUAAGGAAUCUAAAGGAGCUCAUAUUGCACAAUAUCCACGGAAUAGAGAUGUGGGAGAUACUGAGGGAACUCAGAGAAUUACCGUAUCUUGAAUGUUUGGUUGUGCACGGCAAAGAUCUGGACAACUAUGAAAUAGCUGCUGUGGUUAAUAUAAAAACGCUAACACGACUUACUGUUGGCCUGGCUUCGAAUGAAUGGUUCAAGUAUCUGAUAUUGGCAAAGAAUCUGGAAAUCUUGGAGUAUCCCUAUUUGCUGCUACGAGGCAUUUGGGUGGACUUUGAGCGCCUGCGUCAGGUGUACUACUACAACGAUUUAUAUCUGCAAUUGGAGUCACUCACUGCUGAUGGUUAUAUAAGCAGUGACGAAUCCGAAGAAUCAGACAGUGAAGUGUAUACUUAA